AAUCAGCCUUCUUAUCUUAUCGCGAUCACAAGAUAACCAACCACUUAAAAAUUGCAAAAAUCCCAAUUGAGCAAAGUUUACUUUACUGCGACGAAAAAGACAAAAUGGAUGAGUUUUUGUUGGACCUGGUGGAAAUUCUCGAGGAUAACGAGGAGGAACUAAAGAGAAUGCUCCUGGGGCUUUGCAACCUACUCCAGGAUAAUGGGUGUGGAAAAAACUUAUUUACCCCCGAACUGAUAAAGCUGUUAUCUUCACCGAUGUCUGAAAGGUUGGAAAAAAUACCACCAGUUAGUCGCCAGGUAGAUGGAAAGCUCCUGAUGACUCAACUUUUGUCCAUAGGAAACGAUAUUCUACAUGGACAGAAAGUGGAAAGAAUUCUGAAAUUACUUGACGGCAUACAAAGGCUCUUGGAAUCCGAGGAGCCCCAGAAGAGAAGGGUUGCUUGCCUGUUGAUGUGCAAAAUGGAGUUGGUUUGCCGACAUGGAGGAGCUAUUGGCCAAUCCAUACUAGAUGCCAUGCAAUGUUAUGAUGUUCAGCUGUCCUAUUUCGUGAGAAUCGUUGAAAGCCUACAUAUGAAAGAAGUGGACUUGGCUGUGAAUACCAUUAGAGAAUAUCUACCCGUGUUAGGGCUUCUUCACUCGGAUAUUGGGGAGCGUUGGUCGGAUUGGUUGCGCAUUUUGUGCCUUAGACUACUUCAAGACGAUCGUAUGCCGGUGCUUCUCCAGACACUCAAAUACUUUUUGGAGCAAUCAGGCUACAAUCAAUUGUGUCGCUUUAACCUGCUGCAUAAGGUCCUUUUGGCCACCAACAGAAACGAAUUGUACGAUUACGAAGAAUCAGAUUACUUUAUGACUAUUUAUAAUGAGCCGUUUUUAAAAGCGGCCAAUAUGGAAGUUUUUAUAAACGUUUUUAUGGAAAUUCCCUGGAAGGGAGUCCCUUUGCACCUAUGGCUGUACAGAAUGAGGCAUGCGAGAAUUCCAAUAGUGUCCAAAGAACAGCUCCAAAUGUUAUGCUCUCGUAUUCGAGCCAUCAAUAACAGCGAGCUUCGACAGAGUUCCAUUUUUAAUACAUUGACAGUUUUCGAGGCCACAAUUGAAAAACUUACUUUGGCAGAUUAUAUGAACAUAAUAGAAUUUGUGUACAAUAAAAACACCGACAAAAAAAUAAGAUGUGAGAGAUUUUUACCACGGAUGUUUUAUAUACUUCAAACUAAAAUGGAAGCAUGCACAAACUUUGCAGAUUAUAUUCACCUUUUUGACAAGAAUUUUUACGAAUUAUUAUUAAAUGUAGAUGAACAUCCAGAAUUUGCUUCUAGAGUUUUUGGAUAUAAUACCUUUUAUAAAACCAGACUCUUUCCCAUUUUUAUAAGGAAAGUGCAGACAAUCCCUAAGGAAAACCAUGGUUGGUGGCGUUUAUCUCUAUUCCAAAAAGAAGUUGACAAUGAUAUCAUGGAUUUUUACCGAACCGUUUACAAUGUGGACACGUCGUUGGUACUCACUAGUAAGAGUCUCCAGAAGAUUCAACAGCACUUAAUUGAUAAAUUGGGCUGCCAAACAUUCGAAGAAAAGUCAUUCUUAAAAUCGCGUUGUGUUGAUCUCUUCGUCAAAAUAAACAUCAAAUAUUGGCAUGACCUUAAGGACUCUAAAUUAAAUCCCAUGGAAAUUUUAAGCCAGGGUAACAACGACACCUUUCAACACUUAAUAAGUAUUAUAGGAACGGCCCAUAAAUUUGAGGACGAAAAUGUUCUGCCCGCACUAGUAUCUCGUGUGAGAUAUAUUCAUGAAUCUGCCGGUAUAUUAUUAUACGCCUUACAUAAUCUUGAUGUCAAGGAGCGUGAGAACUGUAUACUUAGUUUGUGUCAAACUAAUGACUUCGAAAUUGAAAUGUACCAACCAAUAAAACUUUCGUAUAAUUUUACGCUAGGUAUGAUACUAAGAGGGGAUAUACUAACAGGAGAUGAACGAAUUGAAGCCGCUUAUGUAUUCGAACCUAAAGACGAUAAACAAUGUUUCCGACAAUUAUUUUUAGCAAACGCCUAUGACGAUAACGAACUUGAUGUAAAUAAAAUGUGUGAUGAACUGCUGAGCAUGAACAGCGAACUAUCGAAAAAUAAUAGGAAUUACUUGGAAAACUCAAAUGUACAUAGACGAAAGAUACGUAUUGCGACUGCUUUGAUCACGUUACAUAAACGGUGGAAAUGGUCAGAUAAGUUGUGGAAGGCGUUAUUGUGCCCAAACGAUUUGUUGGGAAUCAACAUGAUGUUCGAGUUCCUGGUGGCCUUAAUGUUGCCAAGCAUUAAACCCUUGGAAAAUCAACUAAAGCUAUUAGCAACUCUAAAGGCAACCCAGCAGGAAUCUCUCCUGUCUGUAACCUACAUAUACAUCCAUAAUAAUUUCGAGCAAUUCAAAGAUAAAAAAUUGGUUAGCAUUUGCACUUUGCUUCAGCCGUUAACCACUAGCGCAUCUUAUCAAACGGCUGUCUUAGCCCGAACCAUACUAUAUGAACUGGCAACCAUGUGCACAAAAAAGCAGGAUCGUCUUGAAGCAGCGGCUGCCAUAAAGGGCUUAAUACAAGAAAAUGAUCCUCGUUUAAUACAUCGGAAUCUCGUCUUCUACUAACAAAAAUAAGUUUGGAUUAUGACAAGUUAUUUUGUUGUAUUGAUGAUCUUCUUUAUUUGACUAAUGCGCCAUUUGGUGAACACACGAAAAAAAACAUGAAUUUUCCACUCAGAACUAGAGGGGAAUAUAGAGCCAGAUAUAUGAGAAAAAAAAUCCAAAAUUAAAAAAAAACGUUUAAAUAUUUAAGAAAACUACUUUGGACUAUGGAUAUUUAGAAGUCAAAAUAAAAGUUUAUUUGAGAA